CGAACUUCUGAAGAGCGCUACAGUAGAAUACGAAUGCCAGGCGUCAACAGGCCAGAAAGGUUAGCGUUCCAAUACCGGCUUGCAUGCUUUCAAUGUUAUCUCGUCAGUAUAAUUACUAUUGAUGCACCAACGCGUCGUUAUUUAUACAUCAAAUUAAUGAUCGCAAAAGCAUUUGCCGCUUAUUGAAAUGGAGGUCAAUCAGUUUGAACCUAUUGACGAAAGCACAGAUGAGAAUAUAGUGAACGAUGAGGCUGUUGGUGUGGUUCUGGAAGAAGUGGACUGCGAUGCUGAUGUAGAAGCUGACGAUGACAACAUACAGUACCACUUGUACGCAGUAAACAGAGAUGACAAUACAGUGGCCUACAAAGUUAUGCAUGUCAGCAACAAUGACAGAGAGGACAAUGAGCUUUCGAUAGCCACGCCUGUGAAUAAUACUGUCCAGGUUUUGACUUCGCCGCUGAACGGACAAUUAUACGUGCUCAGUAAUGGCAAUGACGUUGUAACAUCAGAAUCUGCUAGAGUGGUUCCUAGCGUAGCUAAAUUGCAGAUAGAAGGAUCACAGAAUAUCGUAACCACCGUGAAGAAGAGGGACGAGAGACGAAGAGUAACGCACAAUGAAGUUGAAAGACGUAGAAGGGACAAAAUUAGCAACUGGAUUUCUAAGUUGGCAAAUCUCUUGGCCGAAUGUGAUUCGGAGAAUGUGAAUAAAGACGGAGAUGUAAAAUCCAAUUUGGAACCGCAAAGUAAAGGAGGUAUACUAGCGCGAGCUUAUGAGUACAUUACGGAAUUAAGAGAGGCUCCGGAAAAACUAGCCCAAAGCUUGGAUGAAAGCGCACAGUUGAUGGAAGAAGUCAAGAAUCUUCGACAAGUCGUAAAUCAAUUGAAAGACGAAAAUUCAAAAUUAAAAGCCCAAAUUUCAAAACAGGAUGAUGUGACUGUAAUUCCUUAAAUCUUACUUAAAUUUUUGUCUAAGCUUAAGGAUUAACAUAAUUCAGUGUUCAUUGCCUUGUGUUACUGCUAUAUAAACGUUUAUAGACAUAUAUCUUUACGAAAAAAUGAAAUAAGAACACAUGAACAAAGUA